GCGGGGCCAGACGGAGGGCUGAAUCACUCGUGCACAAUACAGCGGUUAAAGCUCGCUCUGUACUGGAUCAUAUAGUACGAUUAGAGGUAUAUAACAGAUGCAUGUGGUGAUCAGAUUGAGGAGAAGUGCGGUGAUGAAGAUGUAAUGGCGUAGACUCCGCCCAUCAGCCUCCAUCUGAACAGCAGCUCACACACAUCACUGUUUUAUCGCUGGUUUUGGGUCAUGCCGCCGCCGUCGGACAUCGUGAAGGUGGCCAUCGAGUGGCCAGGGGCAAACGCUCAGCUCAUCGAAAUCGACCAGAAGAAGCCACUGGCGUCCAUCAUAAGAGAAGUGUGUGAUGGAUGGUCUCUGUCGGGGUCGGAGCAGUUCGCCCUGCGUUACGCUGACGGGCCACAGCUCUACAUCACUGAACUGAGUCGUAGUGAAAUGAAGAACGGCAGUAUCCUCCGCCUGGCCAUCUCUCCUAUGCGAGCGGCUCGACAGUUGCUGGAGCGGAUCCAGUCUCACGGGAUCGACGCGCGUCUGGAGGCGCUGAAGGAGUUAGCCAAACUUUCCGCUGACCCCACAUUCGCCACAGAGUUCAUCAACAUGGAGGGCCUGGCGACGCUGGCACGGCUUGUGGAGAGUGGCACACAUUUUGGGGAGAUGUUGGCCUUCACUCUCACUGCGUUUCUGGAGCUCAUGGAUCACGGUAUCGUGUCCUGGGAUCUGAUUUCCGUGUCCUUCAUUAAACAGAUUGCGGGUUACGUGAACCAGCCCAUGGUGGACGUGUCCAUCCUUCAGCGCUCACUGGCCAUCCUGGAGAGUAUGGUGCUCAACAGCCACAGCCUGUACCAGCGUGUGGCGCAGGAGAUCACUGUGGCGCAGCUCAUCGCACACCUGCAAGUGUCCAAUCAGGAGAUCCAGACGUACGCCAUCGCUCUCAUCAACGCCCUGUUCCUCAAAACACCAGAGGACAGACGUCAGGAGAUGGCGGGUACACUGGCUCAGAAACACCUGCGCGGCAUCAUACUGAAUCACAUCAUCCGUGGGAAUCGGCCCGUCAAAGCUGAAAUGGCACAUCAGCUCUACGUGCUGCAAGUUUUGACCUUCAACCUUCUGGAGGAACGCAUGAUGACCAAAAUGGACCCCAAUGACCAGACACAGAGAGAUAUCAUAUUUGAACUCCGAAGAAUCGCAUUUGAAGGAGACAGUGACCCGGGCGGCACGGAGAAGAGAAAGGCCAUCUACACUAAAGACUACAAGAUGCUGGGCUUCACCAAUCCAAUGAAUCCUGCCAUGGAUUUCACUCAGACGCCUCCGGGAAUGCUGGCGCUCGACAACAUGCUGUACCUCGCCAAACUACACCAGGACACGUAUAUCAGAAUAGUCCUGGAGAACAGCAGUCGAGAGGAUAAACACGAGUGUCCGUUCGGGCGCUGUGCGAUUGAGCUGACGCGUAUGCUGUGUGACCUUCUACAGGUCGGAGAACUGCCGAAUGAAGGCUGUAACGACUUCCAUCCGAUGUUCUUCACGCAUGAGCACGCCUGGGAAGAGUUCUUCUGUGUGUGUAUUCAACUGCUCAACAAGACCUGGAAAGAGAUGAGGGCCACUGCGGAAGAUUUCAACAAGGUGAUGACCGUCGUGCGUGAGCAGAUCACCAGAGCUCUGGCCAUGAAGCCGCCGUCACUGGAGCAGCUGCGGGUGAAACUGCGCAGUUUGAGUUACUCUGAGAUCCUGCGUCUGCGUCAGUCUGAGAGAAUGAGCCAAGACGACUUCCAGUCGCCUCCCAUAAUUGAGCUCCGUGAGCGGAUCCAGCCGGAGAUCCUGGAGUUGAUCAAACAGCAGAGACUGAACCGUCUGUGUGAGGGAAGCUGCUUCCGCAAACUCGGCAACAGACGGAGACAAGAGAAGUUCUGGUUCUGCCGUCUGUCGUUGAAUCACAAGGUCCUUCACUAUGGAGAUCUGGACGAGUCUCCGCAGGGCGAAGUGGCGUUCGAACUGCUCACCGAUAAGAUUCCUGUGUCGGAUAUGAAAGCCGUUCUGACCGGGAAAGACUGUCCACACAUGAAGGAGAAGAGCGCGCUCAAACAGAACAAGGAAGUGUUAGAGUUGGCGUUUUCCAUCCUAUAUGAUCCUGAUGAAGCUCUCAACUUUGUGGCACCCAACAAAUAUGAGUACUGCAUCUGGACCGAUGGACUCUCAGCUCUGCUGGGGAAGGAGUUGGGCAGUGAUCUCACAAGAAGUGACCUUGACACAUUAAUGAGCAUGGAGAUGAAGCUCCGCCUCCUGGACCUGGAGAACAUCACAAUCCCCGAAGCUCCGCCCCCCGUGCCGAAAGAGCCCAGCACAUACAACUUCACAUAUAACUACGGAUGAGACGCUCGUCCAUUUAAGCAGUGUGUGUUUCUGUGUCAGAGGUGAAGUGUGUCACUAAGAUACAUUUUCUUGCUCUGAAGGGGGAAACGGCAAUCUGUUUGUGUGACACACUUCACCUUCCAGCUAGUGUAUGUGCCUAAACUACACAUGAACUAUGAGAGUAUUUUUUCAGUUCCUUUUCAUAUGUUUGCCAGGCAGAAAAACAAGCGGUUCUUCUGUUUUCAAGUAUCCGAGUCACUCAAGAGUCACUCAUUCUGUGUUUAAACAUUGUAAGGCAUCUACUUCCAUGUGCUGAUGUGAUGUUAAAAGCUUAUAUGAGUAACAAAACUUACCAAUUAGUAACUUUGUACACGUCCGAAGAUAACUAAUAUUUACUGACGUUUGCUUUUGUCAAUAGAAAUAUAUUUUUGUACUUGAUGUGAAAGACAAUAUAUGAUACAUUUGCAUGAAGCAGAGAAAGAACAAAAGUGCUAGAAGAUGGAAAUGUAUUGUUAUGCUGAUUUUUGACUCGUAGUCGAUGUUUAACGGUCACCUGCCCCUUCCAAACUGUAUGUGAUCAUUUCUUUUGGGUUAUUUCUUUGUUACAGGGAGAAAUACCGGCUGCUGUUUGUCUUCUCUCUGGCUUUCAUAUUUGCUUGCC